AAAACAAGAGCAAACCCUCCUAGGCACACACGACCCUCCGUUCCGUUUCCCCAUUUCGUUUGUGCGGUCGGAGCGCGGCGCCGGCGAAAGCGAGGUGAGAGAUCAGAGAGCGACAGAGCGGAAGGCUGCACGGCGUGGGGGAGACGACAGGUCGGCGAAGAUGAGCGGGAGUGGGAAGAAGGUCGCUGAUUUGGCCGUGAAGGCCGGGAAGGCCAUCGACUGGGACGGCAUGGCCAAGAUGCUCGUCUCCGAGGAGGCGCGCAAGGAGUUUGCCACCCUCCGCCGCACCUUCGAGGACGUCAACAACCAGCUCCAGACCAAGUUCUCGCAGGAACCCAAACCGAUUGACUGGGAGUACUACAGAAAAGGAAUUGGAGCUAAAGUGGUUGACAUGUACAAGGAGGCUUAUGACAGCAUUGAGAUCCCCAAGUAUGUUGACACUGUGACUCCUGAAUACAAACCAAAGUUUGAUGCUCUACUGGUUGAACUAAAAGAAGCAGAGCAAAUGUCUCUGAAGGAGUCAGAGAGGAUAGAGAAGGAGAUUGCUGAACUUAGGGAGAUGAAGAAAAAGAUCAGCACAAUGACAGCCGAUGAAUACUUUGCAAAGCAUCCUGAACUCAAGCAGAAGUUCGACGAUGAAAUCCGUAAUGAUAACUGGGGAUACUGAAGCACCAGACUCCAGUUUCCUUUUCUUGGAAGAACCAAUAAUUUGCUGUGUCCCAGUGUGUACAGAUGAAUUUCACUUUCCAAAUGUCGGUGGUUCCAUGACAUGUGAGAUGGCUCCUGUUGAAAUUCCAGCUAGCUAUGGUGUUUUUUUGUUGUUGCAAUUCAAAUGCAAAUCGGCUGCUUUGGACCUCACUGUUUUGGAGGCUGUUGUUUUGUCAGGCAAAGAACAUGCUUUCUGAUCUUUCUACUUUCAAUAAAAGGAUUUCUGCUGACUUAUUAA